UUCUUCUUGAACCUGAAAUUUUCGCAGUCCGGUUUCAGUUUUAAUCAAUAAUUUAUUGUGAGUGCUAGAUUCCCAACGCAGCACUAUACUUUAAAAUAAAUAAAUUACUGCUUUUACAAGCCUUACAAUGUCGCAAGUUUACACGAAAACAGGUGAUAAGUCCCAAGAUGAGAAACUGCUGCUGCCCUACACCCACAUCCUGCAAGUACCAGGGAAGCAGAUCCGGACGAAGCUCACAUCAGCAUUCAACUUCUGGCUCAAGAUCUCUGACGACAAACUGAAGGCUGUCGGGGAAAUUGUUCAAAUGCUGCACAAUUCCAGUUUGUUAGUUGAUGACAUUCAAGAUAACUCCAUCCUCCGAAGAGGCAUUCCCGUGGCCCACUCUAUUUAUGGAACAGCUAGCACAAUUAAUGCAGCGUCAUACAUCAUGAUCGUGGCCUUAGAGAAGACCUUAGACCUUGGACAUUCUAUGGCGGUGGCAGUGUACACAGAGCAACUACUGGAUCUGCACCGCGGGCAGGGCAUGGAGAUCUACUGGCGGGACAACUUCCAGUGCCCCUCCGAGGACGAGUACAAGGAGAUGACCAUCAAGAAAACGGGAGGUCUGUUUAUGCUAGCGAUCCGGCUCAUGCAGUUGUUCAGCGACAACAAGUCGGACUUCACGAAGCUCGCGUCGAUACUCGGCCUGUACUUCCAGAUACGAGACGAUUACUGCAAUCUGUGCUUGCAAGAGUACACGGAAAACAAGAGCUACUGCGAAGAUCUGACGGAGGGCAAGUUCAGCUUCCCCAUCAUCCACGCCAUCCGCAGCCAGGACGGGGACCAACAAGUGCUACACAUCCUGCGCCAGCGCACCCGCGACACGGAGGUGAAGCGCUACUGCAUCUCGCUGCUCGAGAAGUUCGGCAGCUUCCAGUAUUCGAGGGACACUCUGCAGAGGCUGGACGCUGAGGCUAGAGCCGAGGUGGCACGACUCGGUGGCAACCCUCACCUAGAAGCCCUACUAGAUGAGUUGCUGAGCUGGAGACGAAACGGGAACCGUGUAGUUGAACAGGAGUUGAAUGGCGUAUAGACACGAACCAAAGAUCUUCAUUACUGCUUGUUUCUGUAGAGUAAGGUUAGGCUGCGUUCAAAUUAAUAUUCUAUGCGUUACAGCUUCGUUCAAGUUUUCGCGUUAAGAAUUUAUAUUUGCAAACGUUGUACGGUUAUUUAUUGCGUUUGAAGCGGUAUCUAACUAUGAUAUUUAGAUGUAUUGUAAGAGGGAGAGUGAGGUAAAUGGACGUAGAAAUGUUUACCGAGCAAAGGAGGCGACAACUUAUCGGCUAUAUUCGCGUGUAUCGGCUCCUUUACUUAAUAUGAGAUAAUCUAUGACAUUGCUGUAAUUUCUCAACACAUGAGUGUAAUGUCUGUCAUUAACCUAAACUCUGCCCUGUUAACAUUUAUGAAGAGUCAAGCCUCAAAGAAUGAACGAGAAUAAUUUAAUAAUAUUUAUCGGACAGCUUCUUACAUGGAAAGUACUUAUUAUUAUAACUGGCGUGUUCACUAAAAUAUCAGGCUUAGACCAAGUUUAUUUAAUUAGGUACUUAUAUUUAGGUAAGUUAUAGCUGAAACAUUGAAAGUAUAUUAUCAUAAAUCAUACCUUCACUUCUUAUCCGUGCAUUUUAAAAGAGUAGCUAAUUAUGUCUAACUCGGCUCAGAUUUAUAUAAACUCGAGAUAUAACUAGAAAAAGUAAGAACAGGAAUGUCUGAGGCUUUAUUGUCUACAGGCAAAAAACAUAUCUCCAUCGUACCAAAUACUUGUAAUUUUUUAAUAUACUUACCCUGUACUAAAUAAAUUAUGCUUAUUCAGAUGGAAGCGCGGGUUUAAAUAGAGUUGUAAUUAAACGUUGUAGCUUGCCUUCAUGAAACAUACUGAGGACACUCACUAUACAAUCAUAUUCUCAGAUUUAUGAAAACAGCUUUAAAACACACACAUCAUUCCAUAUUUUCUCUAUAGGACAUCCCAGUGCUAUAUGUAUAUUACGGUGCCCAAUCUUAAAUCGACCUAGGUUCACCUUAGACAAGUAAAGGUUCACCCUAUAAUCACACUACAUAAUAUAAUUAUUAUAUUUUUAUCCUAGUCAGUUGAUAUUAGGAUUAUUACCUAUUUCUAAGCCUUUCAUUGAGUUCAUACGCAGACAUAGAUUGGUGUAACAUAAAUACCUAUCAACAUUUCUCUGUAUUUCCUUUAGUCAUGAAAAAAACGAUGUUUCUAUAAUUCGAUUCUGCAUGGUAGGUAUAAAUUAAUCGAGCAUUACUACUAUUAGCUCUACCUAUAGGCAUAAAUAUUUUAUUCUUGUUUUAUAAAUUACAAUUUAAAAGUGCAAUUUAUAUUUUCAUACUGGAGAUGCAUUUAUUUGGUUAAAAUUUUGUAUUUUAUUGAAAGUCAGUUUGAAUUUAUCGUUUUAUUUUGGUAAUAAAUUAGUUAUUAUGAUGUAUCUGUUAAGUUAAAGUGUAAGAUUUUGUAUAGAAUUGUGUACUUAAGUACAUUUAAUAUAAACUGAUUUAAAAAUUAGUGCCAUGUA